AUGCCUCACCAGGACGAUAAAACAUCCAUCCGGAUCGUGAGCGUCGAUUACUACAUGAGCAAACCGGAUCCGCAGUUCGAUAGUUGCUACUCGGAGUUUCGCGGCUCGGAAGUGAAACAGGUUCCGGUGGUGCGUUUGUUUGGGUCCAGCGCAACCGGCACCCACAGUUGCGUGCACAUUCAUGGUGUUUUGCCUUAUUUCUACAUCCCCUACGAGGGAUCUACCGCGGACCGGCUUGCGGUAGACCAACGCAUCUAUCAACUUGCUUCCGCCCUCGACAAAGCCAUCAACAUCUCGCUAGGGCAGUCCAAUUCGCGGGCGAUGCAUGUUUUUAACAUAACGCUGGUGAAAGGAACUCCCAUCUACGGUUACCACAAGUAUGAGCACCACUUUCUCAAGGUUCAUAUGUACAACCCGAUGUUGAUUCGAAAGGCCACACAGUUGCUGAUGAACGGAACGAUCCUUUCAACGACGUACCAGGUGCACGAAACCCACGUGCCGUACAUUUUACAGUUCUUUAUCGACUACAACCUGUACGGUAUGAGCUUUAUGCACCUGGAAUCGAAAGGAUUGCGGCAACGACAGGAGGCGUCGUCUUCCAGCAAGCUCGCCGGCGGUACACCGAAAAUGUCAACCUCAGAGUACGAAAUCGAUGCGCUGGCAAGUGCCAUUUUGAAUCGUAAACCGCACAAAAACGAUUCCUCCGAGUUUGCCAAUCCUGGAAUCGCGUCCAUCUGGGCAGACGAACAGGCCCGGCGACGCCUGUGCGGUUUGGAGCAACCGGAGAGUUCGAAUCUUUCUCAAAGCAGUGGCCUGUGCGAGGUUGUUACAGAAAGCGAUCGCUUUUACCGUGCACUGCUUGCGUCAAAACUUUCGAAAGACCAACCGCCGAACACAGUAGGCGAAGUCGGAAGUCACACCAAACCACCACCAGCAUCAAGUUACCCGUCGGAGGUAACGGAAGGCGAAUCGACGCUGGCCGACGCAUCGUUCAUAUCGCAUCAUAGUAGCCAUAGCCCGUCGUAUUCGUCGCAGCACAGCUUUCAAUUGGCCGGCCCCAGUUCGGUGGUGGAUGAGGAGAAAAUUAUCUUGCUGUCGCAGAACCGGAAUUCGGACGUAACGCUUUGCGAAGAGGACAUGCAGAUGAUCGAAAUCAUGCGCGAACUGGAGGAAAACGAGAACCAGCAGUACGAGGGCGACUGCGUGCUGGCGCCGCUGACACAGAGAAGCAGCGGGACCAUUUUGAGCGCUUCCCAGGCCCAAAAACGCCUGAACGCGUCGUUGUGCGGAGACUUGGAAGCGGUUUGUUUGAUGGACGAGCAAAGUGGACCCAACGAGCAGCAGCAGCAGCACGAUGCCGAAGGCUUCGACUCGGACGAUGAGUUUCUGUUGGAUUUAACUCAAAAGCAAAGCCUACUGGGGAACCGCGACCUAGAAACGUGUCUUAGCGACAGCAGCAGUGAAGACGAUUCGCUCGAUGGCAGCUUCACGAUUCCUCAGCUGGACGGUGGCGAUGACUCAACUCCGUGUACCAAGUCGGCCAAGCGCACCAAGGAACCGGCGGACGCAUCAGAAACACAAUCGAUCUGUGAGACACCAUGCAAACGGCCCCGCAGGGAUCUGCGUAGUGCUUGCCCGUCUCCAGUGUCUACUCCGCGCCGAGUUUCGUUUGCCAAUCCCAUUUCGGUCGAUGUGGUAUCUGCCAAACGCACCUCGUUAAUAACGCGUUUUCAAGCAUCGUCACCGGUAUCGAUCAAAACUUGUGUCAUCCGUAUUCCCAAGCUGGACGUGUCAAGCGCAUCGCUCGAUUCACCCGUUUCGACUCCAACCCGGAGCACAAGUGUCAAAAGCCCAGAUUUCAAACUGAAGAAUGUGUUUGUUCAGUUAGAAAAAAUGUCAAUGGACACAUAUCGGAGCUUCUCACCGCAAGGGUCCGCCGAUGAGUACGAUCCAAUGGAGGGCUGUUCUCAUCGGAAACGGGGCCGGAAGCUUGCACUUGCUUCCUUGAGGACACCGACACCGAAGCGCCCGAAAUACGAACCCCAAAAGGUGGAGCUGAUUUUGUCGGAACGGUUCCAAAACAUCAUCCGACUCUCGCCGAAGGUGCGCAUUGAGCCACUCUCGAUGGCAGUCAAACGGAACGCAACGAUGGCCCCGCUCGAAAAGAUCGAGCAGAGUUUGGACCAAUCGAUCGAAACUGCUACCGUAUCCGUGGACAACGAGACGAUGGACGUUGAGGGACAAGGUUCACCGAAAGCUAUCGAGCAGAUAGAAACAAUGGAGGACGAUAAAGUGGCCGUAGCGGAGGCACCGACUCUGAUGGACCAUCAAGUCGAUGGCGAUGGCGGUACAGGAUCGAGCGCUUCCAGUGACGAUGAACCUCUAAUGUCCCCUCGGCGUCAAGUGGAUGGCGAUGGCGGAACAGGAACGAGCGCUUCCAGUGACGAAGAACCUCUAAUGUCCCCUCGGAAUCAAAUCGAUGGCGAUGGCGGUACAGGAACGAGCGCUUCCAGUGACGAUGAACCUCUAGUGUCCGGCCGCGGGCACGCCGCGGAGGCACCGAUUCUGAUGGACCAUCAAGUCGAUGGCGAUGGCGGUGCCGGAACGAGCGCUUCCAGUGACGAUGAGCCUCUAGUUUCCGGCCCGGCCGCGGUGACAGAGGAGAAUGGGGAAGAGGACGAUUCCCCGAAUAUUGUGAGCUUCUGUGAGAGAACUCUGGUGUGCGAACUGGACGACAUCCAAACGGACUCGGACUCGGAUAGCCUUUCGUGUGUCUACGCACCGAAAGAGGACGAUCCAAUCGUCACGAUCACACCGACUGCAUCGGCACCAUCGUACGAGGAUGCUUCCCGGGCGAUUGAAUCGUUUGAAAUUCCGGCCGUCGUCAAUCGGACCCCCUUCUACGGUGACCCCGCCGAUGUGACCGGCAAGAAAGAGGUAGGCCACACGGUGUUGCACAUCCCCGGCAACAGUCUGAACGAUGUGGAAGACUUUCGGAGUGCGAUCGGUGGGUUGCGGUCGUUGAAUACCUUACGCUACGACAAUCUGCAGCGUGUCUACGGUGACAGCAUUCACCAAGCGCUGGGCACCGGUGUACCGAGGAGCGAUCGGAUGCUGGAACUGCUGUCCUCGGAUGCCACCGUUCGCAUCCGGCCGGCCGAACUUCCUCCAACCCAUCGGGAAGCGGUCUCGUGGCUUGACGCCAGAUGUCGCGGUCGUCUAGCGGCACCGAUCGGCGAUGCACCCGAAGUGCAUCCGGUGAAGGUGAAGAAAGCCGGAACAAUCAUGACCGCAAACCUCGAGGGUGGCGGCGAUUCCGGCGAAGUUCUGCUUUCCGCACCGCCAAAGAUCGAUAGCGAUUCGACGUUCAACCUGAGUGUCCUGGUGGCCGGCGAAGCGCCCGGUUUGCAGUCUCUGGUGACGAAAAAUAUGACCAUGAAUACCUUCACCGGUUCGCCCGCGGACGACGCGGCGGAUAAAUCGUCGGCCACCGGGGGCCAGUUCGUCGGCUACAAGGCUCGUAAGCAGCACAACAGUCUCGUACGGAGUCGUCUUUUUAAGGCUCGCCCCAAAACUUCCGAAAAGCCAGACGGUGAUGAUGAGGCACCGGAACCCGCGGAGGAGAUGGUCGAUACCUCGCAGCUCCACGAACAAAUAUUGGGCCUCAUCGAGGAAGAGGAAACGGAACCAGAAACGUCGGACCCGGUCAACGUAAGUGGGGAGAGACAAUUGCGGCGCAGAUCAGGUCUUAAUCCGUUCCGCUUUCAGGAAAACUUGCCCACGGAACCGCAGGACCAGGGCACCGCACUUGAUGACGAAGCCAUCGAACCGACGGCGGAUUUUGUGGAGCACAGCAACGCCAACAUUUCGAUGGCGACGCCGGUCAACAACACGUACGGCUUCAAGGUGGACUUUGAAAAUUUACAAAAAGCGAAAGCCGGAUGCGAGUACAACUGUCUCACGAUACUGUCGCUUGAGGUGCACGUGCAAACCCGGGGCGAUCUGAGACCGAACCCGAGCACGGAUCCGCUGGCGGCGAUCUUCUAUCGCGUCCACAACGACGUGCCGCCCGACCACCCGAGGGCAUCGUCGGUGUGCGGGAUCAUUUUGAACCAGGAGCAAACGGCCGACCCGACCGCCGGCCGGGCGGCAAGCUCGUACCGGUACAAUCUGUGCCCGACCGUGGCCGACGUGCUGGUGGUGCAGAGUGAGCGCGAUCUGUACGAGAAGUUUCUGCUACUCAUUUCGUUCUGGGAUCCGGACAUUUUCGCCGGCUACGAGAUCGAAAGCGUCUCCUGGGGCUACCUCAUCGAGCGUGGGUACGCCCUGGAGAUGAACCUCAUGAAGAUGCUGUCGCGCGUGCCGACCGCCUCCGAGAAGGUGCACGUCGUCUCGGAGGAAGAGCAGCAAGAGCUGCUCGAGAUGCACGACUACAGUGCGGGUCUGAAGAUUCCCGGGCGCAUUCUGCUGGACAUUUGGCGCCUGAUGCGUCACGAAAUCGCGCUCACCUCGUACACGUUCGAGAACGUGGCCUACCACAUCCUGCACCGGCGCGUACCGUGCCACUCGUACCGGCAACUCUCCGACCUGUGGACCAAACCGCACACCCGUUGGAUCGUGCUGGAUUACUAUCUCGAGCGGGUGAACGGAAACUUUGCGAUCCUCAACCAGCUCGAUCUGAUCGGUCGCACGGCGGAGCUGGCCAAACUGUUCGGUAUCCAGUUCUACGAGGUACUGUCGCGUGGGUCUCAGUUCCGCGUCGAAAGUAUGAUGCUGCGGAUCGCGAAACCACGCAACCUUGUGUCCGUAUCGCCCAGCAUCCAACAGCGGGCGCAUAUGCGAGCCCCCGAGUACCUACCGCUGAUCCUGGAGCCACAGUCACGCUUCUACGCCGAUCCGAUGAUCGUGUUGGACUUCCAGAGCCUGUACCCGAGCGUGAUCAUUGCGUACAACUACUGCUUCUCGACGUGCCUGGGACGUAUCGAGCAUUUGGGAGGAGAGUCGUCCGAGUUUGAGUUUGGGGCCACGCAUUUGCGCGCACCCCGCCAGAUGGUGCAGAGCUUGCUGGACCGAAACCUCAUCACUUGCUCCCCGUGCGGGGUGGCGUUUGUCAAAUCGGCCGUCCGGGAGGGCGUCCUGCCGCGCAUGUUGAGCGAAAUCCUCAACACCCGGCUGAUGGUGAAGAAAUCGAUGAAACUGCACAAAGACGACAGUAUCCUGCAGCGGGUGCUUCACUCGCGCCAGCUAGGCCUAAAGCUGAUCGCCAACGUAACGUACGGGUACACGGCGGCCAACUUUAGUGGCCGCAUGCCGUGUGUCGAAAUCGGCGACAGUGUGGUGGCGAAGGGCCGCGAAACACUGGAACGGGCCAUCAAGCUCGUGGAAGGCACGGAGCGGUGGGGAGCGAAGGUUGUCUACGGCGAUACGGACUCACUGUUUGUGCUGUGUCCGGGGCGCACCCGGGAGGAGGCGUUUCGGAUUGGGGAAGAAAUUGCGGCCACCGUGACGGCCGAUAAUCCGCCACCGGUUAAGCUGAAGCUGGAGAAGGUCUACCAGCCGGCGAUCCUGCAAACCAAGAAACGGUACGUGGGAUUCAUGUACGAAUCGGCCGAUCAGAAGCAGCCGACGUACGAGGCGAAAGGCAUCGAAACGGUGCGCCGCGAUGGCUGUCCGGUGGUGUCGAAAAUGCUCGAAAAGGUGCUACGCAUUCUGUUCGAAACGUGCGACGUGUCGAAGGUGAAACAGUACACGUGCCGCCAGUUUGCCAAAAUUCUCGAAGGCCGCGUCAACCUGCAGGAUUUCAUCUUCGCCAAGGAGUUCCGCGGUGCGGAUGGCUACAAGCCGGGGGCCUGCGUGCCGGCACUCGAACUCUCCAGGAAGUGGAAAUUAACCGAUCCUCGGAGGGAACCUCGCCGGGGUCAGCGUGUACCGUAUGUGAUAGUCAAUGGCCCACCACUGGUACCGCUCAUCCGGCUUGUGCGCAGUCCGGAUGAAGUGCUGGCGAACGAGGGCCUUAAAAUUAACGCCAAUUACUACAUUGUGAAAGCGAUCAUCCCACCGCUCAACCGGUGCUUACUGUUGAUCGGGGCCGAUGUAAAUCGCUGGUACAACGAACUGCCACGCAAAACGUUGAUGCUCCACAAUACGGCCGGACCGGCUGAUGGCGCCAGCAAGGCAGUGACCACCGAGCAGCGAAAGGGCGCGAAGAAGAGCACGAUCUCGCAGUACUUCUCUACGACCAGUUGCGUCGUGGAUUGCGGGAGACAAACGCACCAGGGAGUGUGCAAAGAGUGUUGCCAACGGCCUCAGUACGCGGUGGCUCACCUCAUGAACAAGGUGAACAAACUUGAACGGAAACUAGAACUAACCGAGAAGAUGUGUCGGUCCUGCUGCCAACGGGCGUUUGCGACGGGUUGCGUAUCGCUCGACUGUCCGGUAAUGUUUUCUCUCAACCGACGCCACGUGGAACACAAGCAGACACGGCAUUAUCUCGACCUUGUGGAGAAGUUGUACUGAACGGA